AUGCAGUCAAGUGCCUUGCCAAAACAGCACGUCAGAUGGACCCCUCCACCGUCAACGAGCUUAAAGAUCAACUUCGAUGGUACUAUAUUCCAUGAGACAGACAAAGCGGGGCUGGGAGUUGUUGUUCGUGACCACAAGGGAAGGGUGAUGGCCUCCAUGUCUAAAAAAACCAAGUUACCAUCUUCCUCAGAUGAAGUGGAAGCGUUGGCAGUGGUGAGAGCUAUCUCUUUCGCUCUUGAACUCCAUCUACCUUCUGUUAUUGUCGAGGGAGAUUCGGAGUUGAUUAUUUCAGCCUUACGAAGUGAGGAGGAGUCCUUUACUUCCUUUGGCCAUUUGAUUUCCUCUAUUAAACAAAGUCUUGGAAUUUUUUCUUGUAUUUCUUUUUCGCACACCCAUAGGUUGGGUAACUCUCUAGCUCAUAAUUUAGCUCAAUACGCUAUACAUAUUGAUGCUCUUACAGUGUGGAUGGAGGAUGUUCCACCACAACUUCACCAUGUUCUUGUAACCGACUUUGGUUGA